AUGCUGGCCACGAUCGUGGCGCUGUACACCUCUUGGCAUCGCCUCAAGGACUUCCUGAACCUUGACGAGGCGGGCGUGCCGGUGGCCGAGCUGGAGGAUGGCUUGGAGCUGGAGCUGAGCAAGUCCACCUUCAGCUGCUUAGAGGAGGCGAAGGAGUGCUUCCGCUUGCAGAUGGGACCUUUGCAGGUCCGCCGUGGUGAGCUCGUGCUGGUACUGGGCAAGGUUGGCUCGGGCAAAACCACGCUGCUGCAGGGCAUCUUGGGGGAGAUGGUCUGCACGGGCAGCGUUGCUGUGCGGGGCAAGAUCGCCUACUGCGCACAGCAGCCCUGGAUCCGCAACGAGUCUCUGCGGGACAACGUGCUCUUCGGGGAAGAGAUGGACAUGGAGUGGUACCUGCAAGUGCUGGACGCUUGUGGACUGGGCCCCGAUCUCAAGCAGCUUCCCGCCCAGGACUUUACCGAGAUAGGGGAGAGGGGCGUCACCUUGAGCGGAGGCCAGAAGCAGCGCGUGGCACUGGCCCGCGCGGUGUACCAGCGAUGCCCCCUGAUGCUCUUGGACGACGUCUUCUCGGCACUGGACGCCCAGACUUCGCGCCAUAUCCUGCAAGCGCUGCUGGGUGAGACGGGCCUGCUGAAGCACCAGGCAAUAAUCUUGGCCUCCCACUCCACCGCUCUGGCGGAGGUGGCAAACCAGGUACUCCUCUUGGGCACUCCGGACUCCGCAGAAGAGUCCAAGGUACUCUUCCAGGGCAAGUGGAAAGACUUGCUUGAGCAGAAGCCUUUGCUGGAGCUGAUCGGACAGGCUGAUGUGGAGGUCUCCGAUACCCCAGACGUCGAGGAACGCGAGAAGAUCUCGCCGCACG